CUGCAUACAUUGAAAAGUCUGGAUUGUAGCCACCCUUCACCUGAUCAAGAACCCAUACUUUUCAUUGUCCUGAAUUAGUUGGUUUUGAUGGGCGAAUAUGAAUGUCCACUGAAUGUCCAUUAUAAAAGUAACUUUACCAGGCUUAUGUACUGUGAUUGGUCAAAACAGACGAGCCAUCGAAUAUUAUUGGUCAAAAAGACGACACCCGUACCGUACCACACCGAGGGGGGAGAAGAAGUGACACAGAUGCAUUAUAAUGUGAGGACAAGCGAAAAUCUAAGCGGGAAGAGUUACAAAGAUGACAAGCAAACAAUUGAUACUAUGAAUUUAAAUGGACAAAUUGAGCACUGGCCCAGUGAAUGUCUUUGUCUACUGGCCUGACGUCAGGUCUUACUGGCCCUGGGCCAGUGGGCCAUCGUUAAUGUUUUGUGUGGAGUAAAUAUGGACAAAAACAAAAUGUUUUGGAAUCUCAUUACUAAUGGUCUUGUUGACAUGAUAUCAUUAUAAGAACAGUAUCUCUAGAGUAAGCAGUCAACAUGACUGUCACUCAUACAUCUCACAUGUUGCUAUGGAAGUUCAGACACAAACAGCCUUAUAAAGGAGAUGCACGGAGCGUAGAGAACUGUCAUAUACUGUAGUAUGAUCAGACCUGCUCAGGCGCAGUCUGCACUAACCUGCAAAAUAGAGACCAUACAAAAUGAACUAUGGAAACAAAAGUCUUCAAGGCGAACUGGAAUUACAUUUUGUACCAUGUUUUCAUCAAUCAUCAAUAUCACAAAUGACAAUCAAUGAUCUUCAAUGAUAAAUUACAAUAACCAUCUAACUCACUUGGUUCAAUAUUUUUAAAGGACUAUAUUUUUCUGCAUUGUAGGUUGGUGUUGAAGCUGUGGUAUUUUCUUGUCCUAAAAUCAAUAUCUGAAUCCAAAGACACUGUUUGAAGAACUAUCAUUGUGAGGCUGACAGUGCUGCUGUAGAAGGACUUAUUGUCAGAAAUUAUUAUUGACCAACCUACAAAACUUGGAUAAGCUGAACCUUCUCAGUUCCUGUGAAUACUAGCUGGGUGUGCCUGCUGUCAAUGACAGUAGAGUUUAACUCCACCGAGGAGAUAUUGUUUGUGCUGCAUGGACUGAACAUGACACAGAAAAACAAACACAUCUACUUUUCAUUUUCUCUCAUUCUAUACCUCUUCACCAUUUUUGUGAAUCUGACACUGAUCUUUACCAUUUCUCUGGAGAAAAUGUUGCACAAUCCCAUGUAUUUAUUCAUCUGUAAUCUGUGUAUUAAUGGUAUCUAUGGUGCCUCAACGUUCUACCCAAGGUUACUUUAUGACCUUUUAUUUGACUCUCAUCUGAUAACAUACAGUUGGUGCAUAACACAAGCAUUUGGCAUCUACUCCUAUGCUUUCUGUGAAUUCACCAACUUGACAGUGAUGGCAUAUGACAGGUAUGUUGCCAUCUGUAAGCCGUUACACUACCACUCUAUCAUGACUAUUCAAAAAGUGAGGACACUGAUUCUUCUAUCGUGGCUUUUCUCAUGGCUGGAAUGUAGCAUUGGGCUAGUACUAACGGUUAGGUUACCCCUCUGUGGCACUGACAUUGAUAAACUCUACUGUUUAAACUGGGCAGUUGUGAAGCUCUCAUGCAUUGACACUACUCCAAAUAACCUCUAUGGUUUCUUUCUCGUAUUUUGUCAAGUCUCUCAAAUAAUGCUGAUCCUAAUUUCCUAUGUGAACAUCAUCAAGCUGUGUUUGCGUUCCCAUGUGGGGAAAAAAAGGUUUAUGCAAACCUGUCUUCCUCACCUGAUCACCGUAAUUAACUUCACCAUAUCCAUCGUAUUCGAUUCGAUGUACGCUCGCUACGGCAGCAACACCAGCCUGCUGGCCCUGAGGAAUAUCAUGUCAGUGGAGUACCUAGUGGUGCCUCCUCUGUUAAACCCCAUCAUAUAUGGGAUGACACUCACUCAGAUUCGGAAUAGAGUUGGACAGAUAUUCAGCCACAAAGUUGCUGCUUUAAAAUAAAAUAAAACUUGUUUUGUUUUUCUAAAGCAUAUUUUCCCCAUGAUUUAUUCUCCCACUGUUUUUUUUCUUAGCUUUGCACAAGCUACUGGAGCGGUUAAUCUCUGUUCUCUUGUUAACAUGAGUUGCUUGACAGCAUAAGUUAUCCACCAAUAUAAUUCCCUCUGCUAAUGCAUGCUAACCUUUAAAAAUCCAUAUUUGAAGAUUUCUGGGUUUGUUAUUUUAUGUUUAAUGUAUUUUAUGUAUGUUUUGUGUACAUUUGCUGAAAUUGAAUUAUCUUCCUUGCUGCAUACUCAUUAGUGUACAGCAGCCUUGAGUCUAAAAAACUUGAGAAUAAUGAGAAUAGUACAUUUUGCAAAUAGUUGCUUAAUGUUAUACUGUGUGUAAUGCAGUUUAUUGUACAUUUGGUGCCUUUUCAGGGGAACACAGCCUAAUCCUUCACCAAAAUAAGUUUAAGAUAAAGUCCUGAUGAAGGGUACAGCAGCUAGGCCUAUACAUUGUUUUAACAACUUAAAGCGGAUUUGUAUUGAUAAUAUGGGUAGCUUGUAUUGAAGCAUUUGUGGAAUUUGUUCUGUAUGAUGCUUGUUUUUAGGAGGUUACAGUAGCCAUCUAAUAUUUUAUAACAUUGUAUGAAACACUUGACACACUUCAUGCUUAUUAAAAGUAAUUAAUUCUGUGGAAUUAGUGGAGUUGUCGUGGUUUCCUUCCCCAAUGUGAGUUGUAUUUUGGAGAGCCUUAUACAGAUUAGGAGAAGGUAAGCAAGAUAAUCGCUCUUUUAACUGGGCUUGCCCUCGAAUGGGAAACGGCGCUAUGGGAUGGCAGGUCUGGGGAAUUGAGGUCUUUUCCUGGUUUCAUCGCUCAGUUCCGAGCCAUGUUUGACCAUCCCGUAGAAGGGCAGGCGGCUAAUGUGCCUUAGGCUGGAAACGGGCAUGGCCUCAGAGUACACU